AGGUGCAGUGGGGCCGUGCUCGAUCUGUCCUUUUGCUCCAGGGGUAGCGUCUUGCGUGUUCUACUUGGGCCGCAUCAGGACUGAAGAAGUUGCAGAAGCGCUAGCGGUUGGCUCAGGGUUCGACUUGUUGCUUUGUUCUGAAGGGGGAAUGAAGGAUGGCGGCACGCCGUGCAUUAAAAGCUGUUUUGGUAGAUCUCAGUGGCACACUUCACAUUGAAGAUGCAGCUGUACCAGGCGCACAGGACGCUCUUAAAAGGUUACGUACUGCUCCUGUUGCCAUUAGGUUUGUGACAAAUACAACCAAAGAGAGCAAGGCAGAAUUGUUAGAGAGACUGAGAAAAAUGAAUUUUGAUGUUGCUGAGCAUGAGAUAUUCACUUCUCUGACAGCAGCCAGAAACCUAGUGCAGGAGAAACAAGUUAGGCCCAUGUUGCUGAUUGAUGAUCGAGCACUACCAGAUUUUGAAGGAAUACCAGUAAAUGAUCCUAACGCUGUAGUCAUAGGAUUGGCACCAGAACAUUUUAAUUAUCAAGUUCUAAAUGAGGCAUUCCGGUUAUUAUUGAAUGGUGCUCCUUUUAUAGCAAUACAUAAAGCCAGAUAUUAUAAGAGGAAAGAUGGCUUAGCCCUGGGACCUGGCCCAUUUGUUACUGGUUUGGAGUAUGCUACAGACACCAAAGCCAUAGUGGUGGGGAAGCCAGAGGGAAAAUUUUUUCUGGAAGCUUUGCGUGGCAUUGAUUGUACACCAGACGAAGUCAUUAUGAUUGGAGAUGACUGCAGAGAUGAUGUAGGUGGAGCUCAGAGUAUUGGUAUGCUAGGUAUCUUGGUGAAGACUGGGAAAUAUCGAACAGCAGAUGAAGAGAAAAUUAAUCCAGCUCCUUAUUUAACCUGUGAGAGUUUCCCACAUGCUGUGGACCACAUCCUACAACAUUUACUUUAAGGGAUGAUGACAACAUGAACCAACUUGAAAUAUAACUUUAUUUCCCAGAAUGCAUCUUUCUUUGAAGACUCAUUGGACCAGAAUACAUAGAAGCAGGAGGGAAAGAUAUCGAACUUUAGCCAGUUACCAUGCCUUAGGACUAAUCCCCUUUGGUUAUUUUUUUAUGUGUGUGUGAACAUGAUAAAACCUGAAGAAACAAAAGCUGAAAUUUUAUGCCAUUCCUUUUAAAAUAUCCACCAGUUUAGACAGUCCUUCGAAAGAAAAUCUACCUUAAGAAUGGUGUUCUGCUUAUCUUUUAACAAUUACUCUGGGAGGGGAUAGUAUUCAGUGUGUGAAUAAAGUUGACUCAGUUUUUUAAAAUUAUAAAACAGUGUUAAUAGCCUGUAGUUUUAGUAUUUUAUGUAGACUUAGUAUUGAUUGCAACUGUGAAACCCAUCAAAUAUUUGAAGCAAAUGAAACAUGUAGAAAGUAAAAUGAAUUAUCCCUUAGACCAAACAAUCAAGUGAAUUUGCUUUAACUGAUGAUGAAAACUAGAUUAUCUGCUGUAUUAUUCCCAUCACGAGUGACUUUUUUUUUCUCUUCAUUAGCCAGAAACGACUAAUUUAAAUUUAGAGCCUGAUUUUAAUUUAAAAUAAUAUUACCAUUAAUAACCUAUUCAUUGCAGAUACCUAUUAUGCUGUGUAACAGUUGUUUUGGAAAUUUUAUGUAAAAUUAAAACUAUCAGUAUUUUACAGAUGUUUUAAUUAGACAUUGUUAUUAACAGGAACAGUGCAGAAACUAAAAUCAAGCCUUUAAUGUCUUAUAGACCAUGCAUUUUUGAAGUUACUGUCCACCAGGGUCCUAUUAACUGUACAUUUGUAAGAUUUCAUUAUUUUUCCCUCUAACACUAUGGGAAAAAUCUUUUAGAAGCUACUGGGACAUAUUCAAGCUUUUAUGUACUUGCUUAGUACAGCUGUAAAAUGAAAUCCCGUCAUUUAGCAUGGAUCAUUCUUCUCAUGUUAAAUCCACCAAAAUGAAGGGGCCUAAGCUGGUAAUGAUUUUUCUUGCACAUUUGCAUACUGUGAUAAUCCCAGUCCUUUGCUGCUGUUGUACAGGGCUCUUGGGCAUUAAAUUAUUAGAAUGUAAUUGUACAUCAUCAUAGCAUUCACCUUAUUGAAACUCAUUGGUGUUAAUGAGCUGUGUGUUUUGGUACUUCAUUGAGUGUAGUUUUGGAGAAGGCUGGGUUGAAGUGGUCGUCAUCUCUCCAUUCAGUCCUUUUCCUCAGGCUACCAAACGCUGUUUGAAUAUCACACAGACCAUAGAAGGCACAAGUUCAGAAAGCAUAUGAGAGGGACACAGACAAAUCAGAGCUGCCUAGAUCUUCCUCCAUGUUUUUGGAACUACCCGUGUUUUCCUUGCCUUCUUAGUGCUGGAGUAGCAAGAGAAUUUGGAAAUGAAAAUAAAAUAAAAUUGAACUAAAAUAAAAAAGUAUGAACAAUAAUUAAUUCUGCCCUUGUUUACUGAUUCACUGCUUUAAAAGUAGGAAAAAUAGUGCCAGAGAAGACAAAGCUCUGGGUCUCAGCCUGGGUUUCUCACAGUGUAUGUAUCAGCAGCAGGGGCACCUCCAAUUAAGAGUAAGGGUGGGAGUGGGGAAAAGAAAAUCCUGUUUAUAAUCUCUGAAUAUUUAGAAUGCAUUUUUACAAUCAAAACAGACAAGCAGAUAUUGAGCUUUCUAAUUUGUUUCAGUAGGGAGAAAAAAAAACCCCAAACUUCUCUAAGGGUAAAUCUUUCUGGAGAGGAUUCUAACUACUGCAGUUGUUUUUUAGGCACUUUUGAGCACAGGGUCCUCUGAGAUUUGCUGCUUUGGCUGUGUACCUGGUUACCUGUGUACCUAAAUACCUGCUUCUUACUGCUGCUUUUUAAACCUCAGUUAAGUAGUUGAAUGCCUGUUAAAUAUCCAGCUCUGUACUAAGUACUUUAGGGAAUACAGAAAAGUAUCCUGGUCUCCAGGAUAAGAAGGCAAGACUAACAGGAAAUAAUUAGAGCACAGCACAAGCCAGGGUAAGUGAUGAAUUUUGCAGUAUCGAUAACAAAAGAAUUAUAUAUGUUCAAAGAAGGGUGAAAGUGUGAGUUGGGUAGUUAGGAUCUGUUUCUUGAAAGAAGCAUUAAUUAAGUUGCAACUCUUAGAAGGGAAAGAGUAGGCAUGAAGACAGCUCUCUCUAAUGAUUUGUAAAGAGCUUAUUUCAAUUUUUUUCUGAAAAGAAUAUGCCAAAAAUGAGCUAUAACCUGCAAAUAUCAGUAUGAAUGAUAUGCAGAACUAACUGCCACUCCCACUGAAGUAAAGCCAAAUAUGAGAAAAAAUGAACUAGAAAAAUAUUUUGGUGAGGAAAUAUCAAAGGACAUUCACAAAGGUGCCCAUAAUUUUUGAAGACUCUUAAGGUUUGGAUAAACUGGUAUAUUGUUGGCACAUCCCCAUAACCGUUUCUUUUAGAAGGAGAUUCAGUUCAUGAUCUGUUUUCCGACCGUCCAGUGACAAGAGACAGAGACUAUGGGUUAUGGUAUUUGUCAAUCUUUGUAUAAUCUUACCAUGGCCAGGAAGUGGGAGAACUUAAUAGCAAUUUCAUGAGAUUGUGAACCUGACAGAAAUUUUAUUAUUUUUCACAUUUAUCUUCUGAGACCAGUAGACACUUGGUAUGAUUUUGUUGAAUGAAACUGAGUUUUGAGGUUCUUUCUAGGGCUCAGUCUUUGCUCCCCAGAUAUUUAAUGUGCCCAGAACAUGCAGUGCUAACAAAUUUAAGAAUUGAUAGGAAGUUUAGCUAUCAUUAAAGAUAGAUAUCAUUAAAGCAAUGAUUAUAACUAAAUCCUUAAGUUGCUGUGUUGUUCCUUCUUGUACAUAUAUGUAUAAUAUAUCUCUAAUCAAAACAAACUCUAACUUUGUUUAUAUAGGAGACACACAAACCAACUUAAUUUUCAUUUUAAAAAGCUAGAGGAAAAGUAGAGUAAGAAGUAGGUUUAAGGACACUUCUUCACUUCAUUUUUAAACACUAAAUAAGCAAGUGUUAGAAGUUUUUAAGUUCUUUGGAAAUCUUGAGUAGUCCCUCUAGGGAUUUUUUUUUACUAUUACUUUCUCCAAAUGAGAAUGAAGGUUGGUCAAAAUCCUUAAAAAUGUCUGUACGAUGAAGGCAUUUUUUUUUUUCUUUUCUUUCUUUUUUGGGGAGGAGGGGUGAAUAUGACUGAUGAAGGAAUUUGCAAUGGGCUUUGUUUUGCCUCAGUGCUAGAGUAGCAAGAGAAUUUGGAAAUGAAAAUAAAAUAAAAUUGAACUAAAAUAAAACUGUAUGAACAAUAA